UGGCAGCAAGUAUUUAGUUGGUGAUCGUUACACCGUGGCUGAUUUCGCUUUAUUUGGAUGGGCCGUGGCUUUAAGAUUUUUGGAUAUCGAUAUCCAUCAAUGGCCAUUAUUGGGUAAAUGGCACGAUACUUUGUUCAAGUUACCUGAAGUGCAAAAAGGAAUCAGAGCAGUUCCACCAAAAUGGUUAGUUGAACAAGAAGCUCAAGGUAAGGAAGUUAAACCUUAG